GUGCCAUCUGUUAAAAUUUUCAAAAUGGUGGUCGUUGAGAGGAGGUGUUAUUAGUUCCCUAAUGAAAGUUUGUUUGUUAGUUUAUGUGCUUUAAAUAUUUUAGAAAAGUGAAGUGAGUUGUGUUUAGUUGUAUCAGUGAAUAAUAUAAAAUGAUAGUCCAGGAGCCUGUCCAGGCAGCUAUAUGGCAUUGCCUCAAUCAUUAUGCUUAUCCUGACGCAAUAUUUCUUGCUGAACGUCUUUACGCUGAGGUGGACUCAGAUGAUGCAUUGUUCUUACUUGCCACCUGCUACUACCGGUCAGGAAAGCCAGGGCAAGCUUAUUCCAUUCUGCGCAACAAGGGCACCAGUUCACCACAGUGCAGAUACCUCCUGGCCAGGUGCUGUCUGGAUCUGCAGAAGUUGAGUGAAGCUGAGUCAGUUCUUACGGGUGGUGACACGGCUCGAUCAAAAAGCUUUGAUGAGCUUGUGUCUGAAUUUGGUGAUCAGGCAUGCUUCGCACUACAGAUCCUUGCUCGCAUCUGCUCACAAACUGAGAGGCGCAGCAAGGCAGCAGAAGCAUAUGUGCAAUCUCUGAAGUUAAAUCCUUUCCUGUGGCAUUCAUUUGAGGAACUAUGUAACCGUGGUGAGAAACCAGAUCCUUUACGGACAUUCCAAGUGUCACACUUAGAGAACUUCUCAAUGUGUCAUGGAAACAAUCCAGUGGUGAAUUUUGUUAAUAGUUGUGAACACAGUAGCUGCAGUAGCAUCACUAACAGCAGUGCAAAUACCAAUGAAGCAACAGUUUUGAACACCAUUAGCAGCACACCAAUCCAACUGCUCAACUGCUUUAACACAGCGCCACCAAGUGUUCGGGUGUUCACUCCAGAAGAGAGUUCUUUAGCCAAUCCCUUGAAUGCUGGUCAUUCCGGCAUUGCUCCUCUGCCUUCUACAAGGGGGAAAUCUGUUCGUUUCCGUAGUAUAUUUUCUGGCGGUAUUAGUCCUGUGACACCAAGUUUUGGAGUUCAGCCAUUGGAUAGUCCUAGUUACUGUGACUCUCUCCAAAUGGCAUACCUAUCACCCACGCUUGUGCCAUCGACAACAUUGACUGAGGCCAAUGACCAGAAGAGUCUCGCUAAGCGGGUGAGCAGUCUACGCGCACAUGUAGGGCAAUUGAUUAGUCGUAAGGAAACACCUCUGCAACAGAGCAAGCCAGUAUUCAGCCAGACUAGUAACACUAGCAACACAUCAAACAUUGUACCAACACCAAGUCCCACAACACCGCAGGCUCCUCUCCAACCUGGGUCAGUUCGGAGAAGCUCCCGGCUCUUUAGCAACAGCUACUCUGUAAAGGAAAAUAACAAAAGUCCAAAUAGGAAUAAAUUUGUAACACCAAAGUCACCUUCUGGUAAAACUAAAUCUCGCAUCUCCAAGGCAAAUCGAAACAAAACGAGCUUCAGUGAAUUGAAUGAGAGAAAUCGAAGUGAAAAGGAGAAAACUGAAACUAUAACUUCAUCAGACUUGAAGAUCAUUAGUAAUAAUGGUGGUUCAGUGCUUAAUCCAAUAAUGCAAGCACUGCAGAUGCAGAAACAGUCUUCAGAAGGGUUGAUGGCCUUACUUCGGGAAUUGGGCACUGCGUACCUUCAUUUAUCUCAGUUCAAUUGCCGGAAAGCCAUAGACUGCCUAAACAAUCUCCCACCACAGCAUUACAGCACAGGUUGGGUCCUCUCACUGCUCGGGAAGGCCUAUUACGAGUUGACAGAUUACCAGCAGGCUGUCAGAUACUUCAGUGAGGUGCGGGAGCGGGAACCCUAUAGAUUGCAGCUGAUGGAACUGUACAGCACAGCACUGUGGCAACUGCAGAAAGAAGUGACAUUGUCUACUCUGGCACAGGACCUUGUGGCACAGGAUCGUUUGUCUCCUGCUGCUUGGUGUGCCACAGGAAACUGCUUCAGUCUCCAGAAGGAGCACGAUACUGCCAUCAAGUUCUUCCAGAGGGCUGUACAGGUGGAUCCUACAUUUGUAUAUGCAUACACCCUCUUGGGGCAUGAAUAUGUCACGACAGAAGAGCUGGACAAAGCAAUGAGCUGUUUUAGAAGUGCAGUGAGGAUAGAUGCAAGACACUACAAUGCCUGGUAUGGUAUUGGAACUAUUUAUUCAAAGCAGGAGCGAUAUUUACUGGCUGAAAUACAUUUCAAACGGGCUCUUUCUAUUAACACCCAAAGCUCAGUUCUUCUAUGUCACAUAGGAGUGGUUCAGCAUGCAUUACAGAAAACAGAAAAGGCAUUGCAGACCCUGAAUAAUGCAAUUGCUAAUGAUCCCAAGAAUCCACUAUGCAAGUUCCAUCGUGCAUCUAUAUACUUCGCAGCAGGCAGACAUGCAGAGGCACUUAAAGAACUGGAAGAGCUGAAAGAAAUUGUUCCCAAAGAGUCAUUAGUUUAUUACUUAACAGGAAAAGUACAUAAAAAACUAGGCAACACGCACUUAGCCUUAAUGCACUUUAGCUGGGCAACUGAUCUCGACCCUAAAGGGGCCAACAGUCAAAUCAAGGAGGCCAUUGAUCCUGCCUUGAACCACAGUCAGGCUGAGGAGGACACAUCAACUACACAUCCAGGUGAAGACUAUCCUAGUGAAGGCAGUUCAGCCCCACAGCAUGAGUCCUCGCAGGAAGGUGCUGAGUUUGUUUCAAUGAGGGAUGAGAGUGACGAGAGUCUGUAAAAUCCCAAGUUCAGUUCUGUAACAAGAGAGACUCUUCAUAACAUAUUUAUAUGACUGUUUUCCAGCAUAAUUAUAGUUCUUUAUUUGUGGAACACAAGGAUAGGGUUCUUAUCAUGAAAGAUUGAAAACAAAAUUUAGAACAUUUGCCUGGCGGGUGAACAAACCUAAGUGAAUUUGUACUUAGCCAAUAAGCUUCAUUAUAUCAGUCAUCAGGCAUAUAUUUAACCCUUUGACAUGCUCAGAAUACAUACAUCCAGUGAACUGAAUUAUAAAAAAUAAAUGCUCCAGAUUAUCAUAGAAA